ACAAAGGCACAAGGUGGGACGGGAAGGCGAGUCGCGUAGAACGAGUACCGGCCGUCGUAGACCUACUACUAGCAACGUAACCCACGUCGUGAGCACAGCCACACGACCGCAAAGAGAGAGAUCUAUAUUUUCAUAUAGUCCGCCGUCAUUUUGUGUUCUUUUUUUUUAUAUCUUUCUUUGCUACAUAUAUUCAUAUAUAUCUACGUAUACCCGGUACGGGGUAGAAUAAACCCAACCAUCGACACCCGAAAUUGUGUUUGUUUUUUUUUACGCUCGAGUGUGCCACCCAACGUACCACACCAACGACCGGCUCUCCGCGGACCACCUACCACAACCGUCGUAGCCGCGUCAAAUUGGCUCCCCGCAGAGGAAUCAUCGCCUCAAGACAGCGUAAAGACAACAUGACCGGCCAACAGCAGGAGAAGUGGCAGCAGGUGGCCGAGUUAAUCCAACGGCUGGGGCUGGUAUCCGGUGGCCAGGAUGAGCCGCGAACAGCCGCCCAGGUCGCGAGGAUGACUACCCGCCAACUCCUGCAGGAUCCAGUGCGGGCGGCCAUCUACAACCGGGGCUGGGCGGACCGUACGAUGGACAUCCAGCGGAGGUUGCGGCCACACCGACCACCAUCAACAUCAACACCCGGCAGCCGCACACCGUCCCUGACAAGGCCACCACCCCCAGCAACGACACCUGCCCCCGUAACACCUGCGGAGCCGGCACCGGUACCCAGGCAAACGGGGGUACUCCCCGGCCCAACGGGAAAGGUGAGGACGGAGGCGCAGCAGGCACGGAACCGCCGGAAAUUCCAGCAGCUAAAGGAAAAGAGGAAAGCCAGGGAAAGCGAGGCAAGCCAACAACGUCGGCUUGCCAAGCAACCCGCGCCAACCUCAGACCCGGAAGCAGCCGGCACGCCUCCGGCCAACCCAACACCGAUGGAGGUGGACAAACCGGCAUCCAAGGACGGCAAGUCCGAGGAGCCGGGACAGCCCACCAGCCAGGAGUCACCAGACCAAUCAGAGGCCACGGUGGACAUAACCGAGGCAGAUUGGCUGGUGGCGUUCGAGGGGAUGCCGGAGUUAGACGACACACACUCGUUCUACACUCCGGUAGGGUCCCCAAAACACCCCCAGUAACACACACGGGCGCGGGCAAGUCUACCUCAAGCGAAAGCCAGAGGUAGUACAAGCCACCCCCUCCCCUAAUAGCACACAGACACCGGUACAAGUGUACCCCGUGUGACGGUUUGGCGGGGGAGUAUGACGCGGUACGCAGCGGCCACCAGUACAAAGUACAGGUACCGCAGCGACCAGUCUACACUUUUCGUCAACCGCCACUACGGGCUACAGCGCGACAACGCCAACUCCCCCACCACGCCACAAAGGCACAAGGUGGGACGGGAAGGCGAGUCGCGUAGAACGAGUACCGGCCGUCGUAGACCUACUACUAGCAACGUAACCCACGUCGUGAGCACAGCCACACGACCGCAAAGAGAGAGAUCUAUAUUUUCAUAUAGUCCGCCGUCAUUUUGUGUUCUUUUUUUUUAUAUCUUUCUUUGCUACAUAUAUUCAUAUAUAUCUACGUAUACCCGGUACGGGGUAGAAUAAACCCAACCAUCGACACCCGAAAUUGUGUUUGUUUUUUUUUACGCUCGAGUGUGCCACCCAACGUACCACACCAACGACCGGCUCUCCGCGGACCACCUACCACAACCGUCGUAGCCGCGUCAAAUUGGCUCCCCGCAGAGGAAUCAUCGCCUCAAGACAGCGUAAAGGUAAGAGUUUUUUCACGCUGACACAUACCUCGGUAGAUUGCUUAUAUUAAGUUAAUAUUAAGACGUUUAGCCAGGAGUGUGUUUGCCGGUUAGCUAGGAUUCCCAGUGAACAUUACGUAAGAAUUAUUUCUAGCACGUAACAGGGAAUCCCGCGCAGCCGUGCAUAACCGUGAUACGGAUUGGGAAGUAGUUAUAUAACAACCGCCACCCCUCCGCAACGCCUACCUUUCGUCCCGCGACAUUACCGUCGAUAACAGCACAGCGCGCAGGCCAAAACCGGUUUCAGCCGCUGCAGCCGUCAACUGCCGCCGCCGAGUACGUCGACCCAGUUCUGCUAUUCUGGGAACGCAACGGCGGCACCGUCAACAGCUGACCUACUAACGUAAUCGCUGAUAAACUUCCGUAAACAGCGCACAAAAUUUACGUCAAAAAAAAAAAAAAGUCUCUAAACCACGUACACACACCAAACACAAGCUACCUCACCGACCAACUGCUUAACGACAGCAUUUGUAAUUAAAUCAUACAUAAUGACUGGUAAAACGUUACAACAGUUAUCGUCGGCGGAGCUGCGUAGCGAGUGCUCGGCCCGCGGACUCAGUGUGUCCGGGUCGAAGUCGGAUGUGUAUGUCAGGCUAGAGGAGCACCUUAGGGAAAGCGGACUAGUUCCCGAGAACGUGAGGUUCGAACCAGUGCAGCCCCCAAUCACAGGAUUAGGGGACGGUACUGGACAACAACCACACGUUCGAUCAACGCUGUUAAGCGCGGACGUCAGUCAGAUUUUCGGAC